CACCCCUCGGUCGGCCAGAGGACGGCUCUGAUGAGAGGACUGCAGAGAGAGGGGAGACGAGACGACCUGCUAUGGCCAGCGCAGCUGAUGGUGUAGGCAGUCUGGGUGCUGAGCAGAACCACCUGAGCGUCCCUGUCAGCGAUCAUGGAGCCUGGGCCACGGCCAUGAACAACCUGGGCAUCAUGCCUGUGGGCAUCGGCGGGCAGCAGCUGCUUUCAGACUCUCUGUGCAUCCAGAGGUUCGACCCCGGCCUGGGCCUCAUCGCACCCAUAAACCCCAUGAUGGCGGGCAUCAGCCUGGUCCCUCCUCCGCCCGUACCCCCCGACAUGCCGGUCAUCAAGGAGAUCAUCCACUGCAAGAGCUGCACUCUCUUCCCCCAGAACCCCAACCUGCCCCCUCCAUCGACACGGGAGCGCCCUCCCGGCUGUAAAACGGUGUUUGUCGGAGGUCUGCCGGAGAACGCCACCGAGGAAAUCAUCAGGGAGGUGUUCGACCAGUGCGGGGAGAUCACCGCCAUCCGCAAGAGCAAGAAGAACUUCUGCCACAUCCGCUUCAGUGAGGAGUUCAUGGUGGACAAGGCUAUUUACCUGUCAGGGUAUCGGAUGCGUAUCGGCUCCAGCACUGAUAAAAAGGACUCGGGGAGGAUCCACGUGGACUUCGCCCAGGCCAGAGACGACCUGUAUGAAUGGGAGUGUAAACAGCGCUUACUGGCCAGAGAGGAGAGACACCGCCGCAAGAUCCACGAAGACCGGCUGCGGCCGCCGUCUCCUCCGCCCAUCGUGCACUACUCCGAACACGAGGCGGCGCUGUUAGCAGAGAGGCUGAAAGAUGACCAUAAGUUCAGCGAGGCCACGGCGGUGCUGUUCACCUGGAUCGACCGCGGCGAAGUCAACCGCCGGACCGCCAACCACUUCUACUCCAUGAUCCAGUCAGCCAACAGCCACGUUCGGCGGCUGAUGGGCGAGAAAGCUCAGCACGAGGAGGAGAUGGAGCGCGCCAAAGAGACCUUCAAGAACGCCCUGAUGUCCAUUUUAACACAGUUCGAGCAGAUCACCACCGUUUUCGCCGCCGCCACCAGGCAAAAGGCAUGGGACCAUUUCUCAAAAGCACAGCGCAAGAACAUAGACAUUUGGCGCAAGCAGUGUGAGGAGCUGAGAAACGCCCACAGUGAGGAGAUCAUGGGCAUCAGACGAGAGGAGGAGAUGGAGAUGUCAGAUGACGAUUCGGAUGAAAAUCCCUGUAAGAGGAUGCGCACUGGGGAGAAUGGAGUGUACGAUCAGACUCAGGCGUCUCUGAGGGAGGAGAACGACUCGCUGCGUUGGCAGCUGGACGCCUACAGGAACGAGGUGGAGCUUCUGAGGAAAGAGCAGAGCAGAUCCACCCGAGCAGACGACGAACACACACAAACACACACGCACAGUCCAGAGGCUCAGAUCCAGCUGCUGCAGCAGAGCAUGCACAGCAUGCAGCAGCAACUGCUGAGCCUGCAGGAGAAGCUGACGAGUAAGGAAGCCGAGCUGGAGCAGGCAAAGGAGGAGCAUCACUACCUGGAGGGGGAGGUGCUCACCCUUCGAGACAAGCUGCUGAGCAGUCAUGUGGAGGCGGUGGAGGGAACCAAUGGAGAGCUGCAUGAGAAGGGGAUCAAUGGGUGUGUACCUUCACUGUACCACAGCAGGGAGAGGAGGAGUGAGGUCAUCAUGAGAGGAGGUGUUGCAUCGGAAAAGGAGGCCCUGCUCCUGGGCAUUAUCUCGACCUUCCUCCACGUCCAUCCGUUUGGGGCCAACCUGGAGUAUCUGUGGUCGUACAUACAGAGGCUGGACUCAAAGGUGUCCGCAGGGGAGCUGGAGCGUCUCAUGGUCCGUCUGCCCACCAUGUUCAGGCAGGAGCUGAGCGGCGUCGGUGCGACUCUGGAGAAGCGAUGGAAGUUCUGUGGCUUUGACAGCCUCGGUUCAGCAUGACGCAGACAGAACGCACACACACACUGAGACAACACACUGAGCACACCUUUAACCACCUGUGUGAGUGUGUGUGUGUGUGCGUUCUUCCAUCCCAAACCACGGUGGAUAUACGACGGUGUGUCGGACGAUGACGUUCACUUAAGCUGACACUGGAAACUGUGGAAGAGACGUAUGUUCAGACUUUAGAAAGGACGGUUCACUUCCUGAUGCCGGGUCGAGGUGAAACACCUGAGGCGGACUGCUUGGUUUCACCUGAACUUGAAUAUUAAACAGUGACCUGCAGCAGGACCCGCGGUCUUCACUAAGGGGGUCCCCAGACCCAGGACUGGAUUGUGCUGUUCUUCUUGUUGGAGCAUCGAACACCAAGCAGCAACCGAGUCAGCAGGAAGAGAGAGUGAACGUCCUGCCAAAGCUGAUCCUUUACACAUAAACAAAAAUCUCACACUAAACUUUAUUUAUCAGGAGCGUUGAUUUCCCACUUUGGCCAGAAACUGAGCGUGUGAUCUGGUGGCAUGAUGAGUUUGCACACCAACUCUGAUCGUUUUUAACUCAUCAUGAACAGAAACCUUCUGUUGAGUCUGAAGCAUCCAGAGAGCGAGAGCCGCCGUCACAGGAAAUAAUCAACCGUCUUACUUAAAUACACAAAGUACCAUAAACACAAAAGCUAGGAGCAAUGCACCAAGAAGUGCAGAAGGUCUGAAAGUCAGACAUCAAAUCACGUCAACGUAGUGAAAUGCAGAUAAUGCUGUCCUUAAUCCUGAAUAAAACCAGAAAGGAAAAACCAAAUGUAGCUGAAAGUGCCCCAGAUUUACCAUUCAGGAGUGAAAACGCCUCAGGGAAGCAGAGUCUGCAUGCAACAACCACACCGUGGAAUAAAAUGCAGAAUCACUUCAUAUUCCUCCUCCUGAUGUCGGGGGCAGAGUCACGCGGUGCUCUGGAUUCAGGAGCCGGCGGCACGUUCGUGCAGGCAGGCCGGGGACUGUGGUGGUGUUUAAAGUUAUCAUCCUCAAGAUUUGUAUGAUAUCAAACUCAGUUUUUGAUACUAUUUAUGGUGUUAUUCAGUGUAUUUAUAUUCUUUAAUUAUCGCUCUAUGAAGUGGUCACUGUUGUUAGUGGUGGAGUCCGCCAGCCAGUCAGGUGUCUGCGGUGAGUUCACUGUCUGUAGAAACAGCGGGACAGUGGAGCGUUUGUGGUUGUGUGAUAGGUGACAGUUUUGGAGUUGGUGUGUAAACGCAACAGAUAAUAAUUAAUUAGAUAUAAAAAAAUAUUUGGAUGAUUAUAUUGGAGGGAAACUGAUGGGUUUGACCUAAUGGGACCAACAGGUGUGAAGACAUUUGCUUCCUGCACAGAUCAUGGACAUUACCUACAGGGUGAAGGUGGAAUACUGAUGAUGAUGAUGAUGAUGUUGAGGAUAAAGGAUGAUAUGAGGGAGAGGAAUCAGUCCAAACAUUCUGCUUCAUUAAACUGUGUGAAGAAUCUGUUCAGUGAAGGCAGCAGACUGAAACUUCUGUAUCUAAACAUGAUGAAGAGGAGAAUGACGGCUCUGACUCUGUCCUGCUUUUUUAAAUAUACUUAUCAAGUAUGAGAACUGACGACAUGUUAGCUUUUAAACCUUUUUUGCUCUGAAUGGAGUGAAGAGCGAGGAUGAUGAAGAGGACGAGAGGAAGGGAGGGAUGAAGAUACUGAAGAGGAGGCGACGCCACAGAUUUGUCCUGUUUUGAUGCUUUCAGCUUUA